GGUUCGAUCUGGCAUUUUCUUUCGGUGGGCGUGGUCGAGAGGGCUGGGUCCACCUCGUCAGCACCUCCACCACUACCCUCCAAGCCCAGCCCCUCCCUUCCGGCCACAAUCAAUGUGUUGCCCGCUGCCGCCCCUACUGUGCAACCCGUUCUACUGCGGCCAGGGCGCGGAAGCCCCGCCCCGCUACUUCCCUAGCCAACUCCGACAUCCGGGGCUUACGCCACAGCCCCACCCUCCUGGAGCUUUCAUCCCUCUCAGAGCGGCCUUGGGCGGGGUUUCAUACGCUUCACGUCCACUUCCCGGGGGCACUGACCGAGGUCGCCCUAGAGGGUCCCUCGCUUUAGGAUACAGAAACUGGCACCCCCACCAGCGCUGAGGCGACUCCCGCCCUUUAUCUCGGCCCCCGUGCCGAAUCCCCGGGAGCUCGCGCUUCUUCUGGUCUCUGCGCCCCCUUCCCGGGUCCCCGCCUUUCGCCCCUUCCCCAACCCUAGCAUGUCCAACCUGCCGAGGGUCGUCCUGAAACCCCCCGAGGACGUUUCAGGCAGCACCGCCCCGCCAUGUAUUGCAGGCUGCAUGUACCAAGUAGUUCAGACAACUGGCCUGGAUGGAAAAAAUCUUCUGAAAUUGCUUCCAAUUCCUAAUUCCUCUGGAAACCUUAUGCCACUAGUUCAAUCUUCAGUCACAUCUGAUACUUCAAAUGGGAAUAUAUCAAAUCCAGUUCAUGUUACUAUUCAGACUCAACUUGCUAGCACUCCUACAACUGCAGCCAUUCAAUUGCCUGUUUUUCAGACAACCAAUUCUGGAAAUUAUUUCCUUCCAAGAGCAGUCGAUAAAUCUGAAAAUGUUAGAGUACCCUCUGUGGGGAAAGAAAGUUUGCCUUCAGCUUCAACAGCUCAGAAUAAUACUACGAAAGUUGAAAAACUGGCCUUGCAAAAAGUCGCUGUUUCUCCCUCAACUACUCAAGGUGACACAACAUACAUGUUAGUAAAUACUAAGAACCUGCCAGUGACUGUGAAGUCUCCUGUAUUACCAUAUGGGCAUCAUUUACAGAUACCAGCCAAUGCUGAAGUAAAAUCUGUACCAGCAUCAUCUUUGCCACCUCCAAUUCAGCAGAAGAUACUUGCAGCUGCAGCUACAAACACCUCAGGAACAGCAGAAGCUUCAAAAGUACCAACUGUUAUUUAUGUGUCUCCAGUAAACACGGUAAAAUCUGCAGUUCCUAAGACCUUUAAAAGUAUUUGUCCCAAACCUGCAAAUCCUACAGAAGCUGCAAAGUCCAUGGUUCCAAACACUUCACAAACACCAGCGAAAAAUCCUGCUACAGAUGUGUCUAAUAAUGAAGGCCAACAAUCUCGAGACGCACCAAUGAAAUGGGUUGUACGAGAAAAUCCACAAUCUUCCCCCUGUCUUGUUCCUGUCAAGUCUUCAAACAACAUGGCUUCAAAAAUCUUGAAAACAUUGAUAGAUAUGAAGAAUGUUGAAACUAGUUCUCUAAAUAUGCCUCCAUUAUGUUCAAGCACUUCCAGUGGAGCUCAAGCAAAAAUUACUCCCAUUAAAGAUAAUGCUUUGGUUAUGUUUAAUGGGAAAGUCUAUCUGUUGGCUAAGAAGGGGUCAGAAGUUCUGCCAUCUCAAACUGAUCAACAGAAUUCUGCUGCUCCUGAUGCAUCACCAAGAAAAGACCUAUCACAAAUACCUAAUGCCAACUCAGUCACAAAAAUCACAAAUGAGGUUGUAAAUAUUGUUUUGGCAAAAAAUAAGACUACCCCCCUAAAGGAGACAAAGUUGAUUUCAGAUGCACAACUUGCUUCUGAGCCUGUUCCGAGUCUGGAGAAGAAGAAUAAAGUGGAGCGUACUUCUCAUUCUGCCCAAAGUCCACAGCAUGUUAAGCAACCCGUCUAUCUAGAGCAGUAUAAGACUAUGCACAUAAAACUAAACUCACCAGCACAAAAUGCCAAAAAAGAAACAAGUGUCAGCCACGCGAAAGAUUCUUCUGAUGAUACAACUAUUACAUCAAAACGCUGUGUUUACACAGAUCAAGAACCAAAGAAACAGGGUGAGAUGGCGUUUGUGUUGGAGACACAUACUCAAAGCAGAAGUCAGAAGGAAUCAUGUCGGAGGGAGUAUGCUGAAUUAAGAAAGAAUUUUGGUAUCACAAAAGAUUUGAGAGUGCGCCUUACCCGAAUUCCUCUAUUUGACUCCACAAGUUUAUGUUCCCCUAGCAAUUUGACAAGCAGUAUUGCUUCCAAAGAGUCAAAGAUUAUUGUGGAUCUAACAUCUGGGAAAGAUGAAGAGAGCCAGGAGCCUACAUUACACCAGGAUGUGGAUAAGAAAAGAAAAGCAAAAACUGUUAUGAAGAUAGACUGUACCAAGAAGAAGAAAUGUGGGAAUGAUGUGACCCCAUCCAUGGACACAGGGACUGAUUGCACGAGCCCUCAGAUUCUUAACAGUAUUUCAUCUGAUUCAGCUUUGUUGCCACAGAGUCAUAAUAAUAACAUCAUUGAUUGCACGAACUCCAGUGAAGAGAAUUCUCCUCAGCUGGAAUUAUAUGCUCGAGAUGGCCUUGGCAGAGGUGUAGAUAGUCCAGCCUCUGUGUCUUCUGAACAAGAGCCUCUGGAUAGUCAAGAUUGUUAUAUCGAUGAUAGUUUCUCAACGACAUUGCCAGAAUUGGAUGAAACUAUACGAGAUGAAAAAAUAAAAAGACUUAAGCAGCUACUGAAAGAAAGAGAAGCAGCUCUUGAAGAAAUUCGUAAAAAGAUGCAGCAGAGUUAAAAAAUGUAGCUGUUGACUUGAAAAGAUCUUAAUGAAGUGUUUAUUUCCCCCUUUAUGGUUUUGUAUAAAUUAUUUAAAUAUGCAGAUAAUCUGAAAGCUUUUUUGAAUCUAAAACAUUGUUUUUGUCACUGAAUUAUUGAAUGUGUUUAAAGGGGGUAAAAGAGACUGGAGUAGAACUGUUUGUUCCAAGGAGUUCUAACUUGGAAUAUCUGAAAGUUGUCUUAGAUGUGAUUUCUUUUUUGUAAUGGAAAAUUUGAUACUUUUAUAUCAUUUUAAUUUGAACUUUCCAACUCUAAGCUUGUACAGUUGUCAUGUGUCUUUUGGAUAUAAUGUUGCAACAGUUAAUUUUGAUAUGACUCCAGAAAUCCUGUGUCUGGGAAGAAAAUCUGACCUCUGUUCUUAACUCUGCCACAGAAUUCUCUAGACAGCUUUGGGAAAGUUGCUUAAUGAUUUAUGUGGUCUCCUCAUCUGAAUAAUGAAGAUAAUGAUGCCUGUUCUCCUACCUCACUCAUAUAUUGAGGAUUGGGUGAUACAUACAUACAUAAUAUAUAUUUUUUUACUCCAUGGAAGAAAGGUAUUAACAACCUCAAUAUUUAAGUGUUAUAGAUUUUUUCUUAAAAGAUGAGGAACUUAUAUUUUGUAGCCUUUACCAGAUUGUUUAAUGUGAUCCAAAACAUUUUUGAACCAGGCAUUAGAAUAUAUUGUAUCCUUGAAGUGGGAAUUUCCAUUA